AUGGUGGAGGGCCACCAGUGCCACAGGGUGGUCCACGCUCACAAGAAAGUCCUCCUGGGCCAGCGCUUCAAAGCUGAGUCUCCUAAUGGCAAAUUUACGGAAGGAGCCAGAGCAAUAAACCAGCAGCCGCUGGCGCGCAUAGAGUGCCACGGCAAAAACCUGUUCUACUUCUUCGGGGAUGGUGCGGAGACAGUAGUGCUGCACGCGCACUUUGGCAUGAGCGGCGCUUUCAAAACGCUGCCGCGGGGAGGGACGCCGCCUGAGACCACUCCCAACACCCGCCUGCUGCUGACCGGCGAGAAAGUAGUGGCACUGCUCAGCGCUAUGAUCGAGAAGCUGGCAAAGCUGGGCCCAGACCCACUGAGGGAGGAUGCAGACAGGGAGCGGCUGUGGGAGGUGAUGCAGAAGAGCAAGAAGUCCAUCGGGCAGUUGCUCAUGGACCAGAGCGCGGUGGCAGGCAUCGGCAAUAUCUACCGCGCUGAGAUAUUGUUCAAGGCGGGCGUACACCCGGAGGAGCCGGGGCGGUUAGUAAGCAGGGAGGGAUUUGAGCUGAUCUGGCGGCACAGCGUGGAUCUGCUGCAGCGCGGCUUCAAGAGCGGCUCCAUUCUUACGGUGGAUGCUGACGAGGCCAAGGUCCUGGGGCCACCCUGGCAGCGCAGGUAG